AUGGACGGCGGGGUUACUCAUUCGUCGACUAAUAACUCGAGUAACGAUGAUUUAAUCCAAAAGCUUCUUGAAGAAGCCCAUGCCCGACUGCAAUCUUCGUCGUCUUCGGCGGAAAACUCUCUUGCAGGCAUCGAUAACGACACCUUGCCCGCCGACGUUCCCAGAGUGCCUUCAUUGCCUGCAGCAGCUGGCCUGAAGCCUUACAUUCAUCAGCGUAAUGAGGUCGCCUCUAUCAACAAUGCUCAAAUGACCCUGCCCUCCGAAAUAUAUUCAUCUGAGAAGUCAUCAUCUCGUGGUCCCAAGCCAUCUGCAAAACCAAAGGAAAAGGAAGAUGCUGGCAAUGACUGGUUCAACAUGCCGAAGACGAUAAUGACUCCAGAGUUGAAAAGAGACUUGCAACUUCUACGAAUGCGCAACGUUCUGGACCCCCACAGACACUACAAGAAGGAGAGCGGCAAUGCUGUGCCAGAGUAUUCUCAGGUUGGAACCAUCAUUGAAGGACCGACUGAAUUUUUCAAGUCUCGAGUAACGAAGAAGGAUCGCAAGGAUAACUUUGUCCAAGAGGCACUUGCUGUGGAAAAGGAGUCUGGCCGUUUCAAGGCCAAGUACAACCAGGUCCAGGUUGCCAAAACCAGUGGCAAGAAAGCACAUUACAACCGUCUACGAGCGAAACGUCGUCGUUGA